GUUGGGAAAGAAUUGAAGGAAGUCUAGUGGCCAUUUAGACAAACAAGUCCGACACUGGGAUCAGCGCUGGCUGAAUACACGGCAGACCUCUAUAUGGCUGAGACAGACAAAGGGCUUUGCAAUGAUUGAGGGCCAUCUGAAGAGAGAGUUAGGAGAUGCUAGGAGAGCUAUGCUGGCUUCGGGCUUUAGGAUCCGAGAGAAUUUGGGUUUUGAUGCGGAUCUGAACAGACAAAAGGUGGAUUUAUACGUGUUUAAAAGGUGGAUCCAUGUGUUCUGCUGGUAGAUCUUGACUGGUUCAAAGACUCAGAUGAGGAAAACCCUGAUUGGUCCAGAGAAGUGAGCAGGAAGUGUUGACCUCUGUCCUUCCUCCAGCUACUAUGGGAUCAUCCACGUUGGGGAAAGCAGCAUCUCUUGAUGCUCUCUUAAAUGAGUGCAUUCAUGCAUUUGAUGACAAUGGGGAGCUGCAGUCUAACCUGCUGCCUCGCAGCCUGCUGCUGAUGCAUCGCUGGUACGUUACAUCCUCAGAACUGGCGGGAAAACUAUUGAUGAUGUACCGUGACUGCAAAGGUGACAACUGCCAGAGAACCAGGCUGAAGAUUUGUUAUUUAAUGAGGUACUGGAUUGUGACAUUUCCAGCAGAGUUCAACCUGGAUUUGGGUCUGAUCCGGAUAACAGAGGAGUUCAGAGAUGUAACUUCACAGCUUGGCUGUGAGGAGCAUUUCAAGCUCCUCGACAUCUCUACCAUUCCAUCAUAUGACUGGAUGCGUAAGUUGACCCAGCGCAAGAAACAGGCUAAGAAAGGCAAGGCCUCACUGCUAUUUGACCACCUGGAGCCUAUGGAGCUGGCUGAGCAUCUCACCUUCCUAGAGUUCAAGUCCAUACGGAGGAUUUCGUUCACUGAUUACCAGAGCUAUGUGAUCCACGGCUGCUUGGUGGACAACCCAACCCUGGAGCGCUCCAUUGCUCUGUUCAACGGAAUCUCACAGUGGGUCCAGCUCAUGGUGCUCAGCAAACUAACACCUCAGACCCGUGCAGAGGUUAUUAGCAAAUACAUCCAUGUGGCUCAGAAACUUCUGCAGCUGCAGAACUUCAAUACUCUGAUGGCGGUGGUGGGGGGCCUGAGCCACAGCUCCAUUUCUCGACUAAAGGAGACUCACUCUUAUCUCACUCCAGAGGUUGUGAAGAUCUGGAGUGAGAUGACAGAGCUGGUCUCUUCCAACAACAACUAUUCCUGCUACCGAAAGGCCUUCAGUGAAUGCCAGGGCUUUAAAAUCCCCAUCCUCGGCGUGCACCUUAAGGACCUGAUCGCAGUGCAUGUAGUCUUUCCUGACUGGGUUCAUGACAGUAAUAAGGUGAACCUGGUGAAGAUGCAUCAGCUCUACCUGACCUUCAACGAGUUGGUGUCAUUGCAGAGUGCAGUGGCCCAAGUGGAGCCCAACAUGGACCUCAUCUACCUGUUAACGCUAUCUUUAGACCUGUAUUACACAGAAGAUGAGAUUUAUGAGCUGUCACUGCUGAGGGAACCACGUAACCCCAAAUCAUUGCCUACCUCUCCAACGACUCCCAACAAGCCCCUGGCCCCACUGGACUGGGCUUCUGGUGUCACCACUAAACCAGACCCCUCUGUGGUCAAUAAACACAUCAGGAAGGUGGUGGAUUCUGUGUUCAGGAAUUAUGAUCAUGAUCGUGAUGGCUAUAUUUCUCAAGAGGAUUUUGAGAGCAUCGCUGCCAAUUUUCCCUUCCUGGACUCCUUCUGCGUUUUGGACAAAGACCAAGAUGGAUUGAUCAGUAAGGAUGAGAUGAUAGCGUAUUUUCUGCGGGCUAACCCAUCCCUCCAGUGCAAGAUGGGUCCAGGUUUUAUCCACAACUUCCAGGAGAUGACAUACCUGAAACCCACCUUCUGUGAACAUUGUGCUGGAUUUCUCUGGGGAAUCAUCAAACAGGGCUACAAGUGCAAAGACUGCGGUGUUAACUGUCAUAAACAAUGCCGGGAGCUGCUUGUUCUGGCCUGCAGGAAGCUGAUCCGCUCCAGCUCUCUGGGCAGUGUUUCUCCAGCCAGACUGACCCACAGCUCACUGCCCAGCAGCCCAGCACUGCCCGCCUGUAAAGAUGAGGAUGAGGUGUUUGAGUUCCCGACUGUCACAUCAGCAGGUCCAACUCUGGACACUCAGUCCAUCACACUGAUGACUGGUUCAGCUCAGAGGAUCUCUGUGCGCCUGCAGAGGGCCACCACCAGCCAGGCCACCCAGACCGACCCCCUGUGGCCUGAACACAGCUGGGGGGCCACAGACGGUGGCUCCCACACCUUCCCCAAAAUGAAAUACAGGACUCACAGAAAAGCAUCCAAAAAUAAAGGUUUUGCCCGCUGGGAGAACCAGAAUGACCAGGCAGCUUCUUCUCAGCGCAGCGUGGACUGUCAGGAGAAGUCAGUCGUCUCAGGAGAACUUGUACACAAUGGGAUUACACACAGAGGGAAGGUAAGAGAACAGGACAGCUGACUUUGUCACAUUGGUGAGGGUCGCUCCCAGCGUUCCAGAAAGCCCCUAGCGGCUGGGACCAGGAAGCUCUUCUCUCUGGGGGAUGUGCUAGGCUGCCUGAGGUCCCCCUUCAGUGACCUGGAGUUAUCAUGUCCUCUCUAGACUUCAACACAGGCAGAGCUACAUUGAAGGACAUAAUGUGUGGUCUCUGGGACAGAUCACAAAGAUGAAGGAGAGCAGCUCAGUAGAUACUGGACUUGUCUAACACCUACUGUGAAUUACAUGGAAUGACACCUCCAUCCUGUGCACCCUAAUCUGCUGGAGAUCAGUGUAGUUUACUAAGACGUACUGUGACUUAGGUUUGAGUUUGAUUCAGUAUAUACACAAUAUCAGCACUUGAGAAAGUGAGCUAGAUUUGAAUUCCAACUUGGGUACAGUUUGAUAAAGUAAAAGCAUGACCUGUAGGGAGCCCCAAGCAGGUUCUUAAUUGUCACUUCCUGAGUUGGAAUGAUUAGAAAACACAAGAUGGCUAUGAAAGAGUGUAGAUAUUUCAAUGGUGAGUUUAAAAAAAAGGGAAAGUCAAAAUGAAAGUGAAUGUGGAGGGCAUCCAACCCUUCUGACAUAUAGAACGUUGAUGAUGGACGGUUCUGAAAACCCCAGGAUUUUGUUAAAUGAUGUUUUUGAGUGUUGAUUGUUAAUGUUUUUAUUUAUUUAUACAAUAUCUGCACUUGACAACUACAGAGUGUUAACCCUCCCACUGUCUUAAAGGUCCAGUGUGUACGAUUUGGUGCCAUCUAGCUGGUUGCCUAACUGAAACUUCUCCAUGUGCCAAGCCUUCAGGAGAACUGUGGUGGCUAAUGGGAAAAUAUAAACGGCCCUACCUAAAGCCAGUGUUUGAUUUGUCCGUUCUGGGCCACAGUAGAAACAACAUGGCGAACUCCAUGUAAGAAGACUUGCUGUAUGUAGACAUAAACGGCUUAUUCCAAAGUAACAAAAACACAACGAUUCUGAUUUUAAGGUGAUUAUAAACUAAUGUAAACAUAGUUAUGAAUAUUAUUUCUGCCAAAGGAUGCCCCAAAAUCCUACACAUUGACCCUUUAAAGGUCACAAAUGACUUACUCAUGAGAUUCACAGCAGAUAACUGCCCCAAAAUAACAUUUUUUAGCAUGGAAUUGAAAUCUGACCCUUGCAUUAGAAAAAGUGAAUCUUUUUUACAAAAGCUGUACAGAAUAGGGUAGUCUGGUAAGACCAUCUUGAUGGCGUGAGCUUAACAUCCUGUUUUGCUAUCAGUCUGGACUCGGUGCUCCACCAAACACUUUCCAGAAAUCAAAAUCUAAUGUGGGCCAGUCAGGGAUCUGCACAGUGGUUGACAAUGUAAGCAGCUAGUCAGGGACUGCGUUGUAAUUGAGGACGUAAAAUAAUGGCUGGAGCUUUAAGAACAGUAAUGGCGGCUUCCAAAGCAACAAGUGCUAACUCUAACAUUAGCAGAUUAAACACAACAAGUGAAGUUACUGCAGAAAUAACAAUAAUGAAACAAGAACAAGAGUUUGUACUUGAGGAGUUUCUUGAUAAAAAGAAAAAGUUUUCACUGUCCUUCCGACUGGGGCAAAAGGUUAUCAGCUGUUUCUGUUGGUGAUGAAGAUGUUCUCUAGUGUUUUGUUAUGCUGAUUGGCUGAGGGAGUUUGUCUGUCGAGGUGAGUUUUCCCGCCCACUGAAAGUUUUAGGGGCAGACUGAUACAGAGAGCAAAACAGAGUGCUGAGCUCAUGUCAUCAGGAUGGUCUCACCAGGCUAAUAAUCGGGUAUGUAAGAUUUUGAAUGCUCAAAUAAAAGCAAAUCAAAGAAAUUAAGGGAAAUACAAUCCACAUUGUUGUAUGUAUUUUCAUUUUAUGUAUGCAUUUGUUAUAUCAUAAUUAAAUGCAGACAGUCGCAACCACAAAUAUAAUCAAGUGCAUCUCUCUCUCUUUUUUUUUAAACAUGUAUGUAUUGAAGGUUUUCUCAGAGUUUUACAGAGAACAACAAAACACAAAAGGCACAUUGUGUGGACACAAAAAUAGACUUAAAAAGCAAACAAACAAAAAAACAUAGGCCUCAUUGUUGUAGUAUCUAGGCUAUAGGUUGGAAUGUAUUAGUCCAUGAAUUGACAUAAAUCCAGGAGUACCCUAACAUAAAACAUGCACAGUACCCAUUGCAUACCCAUAUACUAGGCCUGCAAUUACAGUACAAUUAGUACAAUUGCAUUGCACUAGCAUAAUUUAAAAAAAAUAGAUAAAAAGGGAAGAAAAAAGGAAAGACAGAAAAUGUCAAUUCAGUUUGCCAUCAAUCAACCAUCCACAUCCAUAUUGUUUCUUUCAAGGAAUUUAUGAAAGAUGCUCCAUAUCUUCCAAAACUUAUCAAGCCUGUUUUUUGCCGUAUAACUGAUCUUUUCCAAAGCUAUGUAGAAUGUCAUUCCCUUUAGCCAUUGUGAAGUGGCACAAGAUGUAUCUGAUUUCCAUGAGGAAGCUAUACAUUGCUUG